CCCCGCCCCCGCCCCCGGACGCCGAGUUCACGUUCCUGCUGCCGGCCGGGCGGCGCGAGUGCUUCUACCAGGGCGCGCCGGGCGGGGGCUCCAUGGAGGCCGAGUACCAGGUUAUUGGUGGUGCGGGCCUGGACAUCGACUUUUCCCUGGAGAGCCCCUCGGGCGUGCUGCUGAUCAACGAGUACCGAAAAUCGGACGGGGUGCACACCAUUGAGCCCACGGAAGCAGGCGACUACAAACUCUGCUUUGACAACUCCUUCAGCACUAUCUCGGAGAAGCUGGUUUUCUUCGAGCUCAUCUUCGACAGCCCCCAGGAGGACGAGGAUGGGGAUAACUGGGCUGAGGUGGUGGAACCGGAGGAGAUGCUGGAUAUGAAGAUAGAAGAUAUUAAGGAAUCCAUUGAGACCAUGAAGAACCGUUUGGAGCGCAGCAUCCAGAUGCAGUCGCUGCUGCGAGCCUUCGAAGCCAGAGACCGCAACCUGCAGGAGAGCAACAUGAGCCGUGUCAACUUCUGGUCAGCUGUUAACCUGGGGGUGCUGGUGGUGGUGGCCUUCCUCCAGGUCUACAUGCUGAAGAGCCUCUUCGAAGACAAGAGGCAGGUCCGAACGUAGCGGGAAAGGGAGAGAAACGGACUCCGUCUCUCCUGCGGGGGGCAGGUACAGAGCUGGGCUGGUGAAUUCAAAGCCAAACACCCCAGCGCCUGAUAGAUCAACUGUGUAUAGUUCUUUCAAAUCGCUGCAGCUUCUCUUCUGGGCAUCCUUUAGCGGGAUUAAAUGGGCCUGCUUUGUACCAGAGUUCCCAUUAGGGGCACUGGAGCCAGAGGGCAUGGGGCGGGUCGGGGGUGGAUCACAGAGGUUUGACUGAUGGGAUGGGCAGUAUGGGUUAAAAUUGAUUCUCUAUGGACUUGAACCCCUUGGCUGGGGGAAGGGGGUUCUGCAGCCACCAGCCUGUGCCAAAAUACACAUCCCUGAGGAUAGGAGGAAGGAACAGAGCAAAGCAGGGCAUGGGGGAUGGCAGCUGAGAGGAGCAGCAGGUGGUCUCGGUACCAAGUCCCAUCAGUAAAACAAGGUCUAACCUAGCAGCCUCUGGUUCUGACCAUCGCCAAUUGCAGGUGGGCAGGAUCCCCUGGCCUGCAACCAACUUGCUCCUUGUUCUGCUUCUCUCCUCUGUUGUGCAUUUGUGUCAAAGGAGAAACCUCCUAUGUGCCUUAACAGUAGCUCUUGGCCUGCUUGGACCUCGGCCACGGCCUGGCUGUGUCCUGCUGCCUCUUCAGUGCCUUGUUUCCGCUGUCUUGUAGUAGAGAAGAUGGGGAAUGUCCCCCCAUGACCCCCGGUGCAGCAGUGAAUUGGCUCCAGUUGGCCUCCAUACGGACCCCUGGAGGAAGAGCAACCUCGUCGCUGUUUACUGCUGCAGUGCGGCUGUGGCGGGAGAGCCUUGGCUUUGGGUCCAGCCGUGUGGCUUGGUUUUGCUUAGUGCUCUGUGUGUAAUUUGCCCCUGUUUCCAUGGCAUCCCCUUUGCUCCAGAUAGCAAUGGAAGCCACUGUUCUUGACAGUCACUUCCUUUGCUGCCUGUCCCAAUUAACACCUCUUGCUUCAGGUCUCCUGGAUCAGAUCACAGACCAGUUUCCUUCAGAUCAUGGAAGAAAAACCCAGUUCUGCUCAGUGGAUUCUUCCCCUUGUGCGAUUUCCCUGCCUCUGGUGCCUUUUCUCACUGUCCCGUUUUGCCUCUGGUUUGAGAUCUUAGCUUCACUGGCCCCUUGAACAGCAGGAUGAUGGAUCAGAGCGUGGCAGUGACUGGGCACCGUGGCAGUGACUGGGCACCUUGGCAUUGGGGAAGGUGUGUGCCUCCUGCUGCGCGUAGGAGGGAGAGAUGGGCUUGGUCCUCGGGAUUGGAGCUGAGCAGGAGUUGCCAUUGCUUUAGACCCCAGUUCUGCCAAUACCCUGCUGCCCCUUUCCUGGGCUGAGCUGGUGUCUCUUCAGUUCUGGACUCAGAUCAGACUUUUUUGGGGGUAGGGGGGUGCUCGAGGCAGCAGCAGGAGUGUGGGGAAUUGCUUCCAGUCAACAGGACAAGCUGUAGAUAGUGACUCCUGAGGGCACGAGGGGGUUGGCGAGAGUCCAUAUCAGCGGGUAAUUCCGGGCUGAUGGACUCUGGAGUGCUUUGUGGUUGAGAGCCAGAGAUGCAGGGUCAUUAAGGAUUCACUGUAUUUGCUGGUCUGUGGGCAAGGAUCUGCACUGCCAGCCAUCGCUGCCAAUAGCCCCAUUCUCUGCCGUAGCAAAGGGGUAGGGGUGAGAGGGCUGGGGAGAGCAGGCCCUGCCGGGAAAGGACAUGUUAGUGGGAUCUGCCUAGGACAGUCAGGUUCCCCAGGCAGCUGAUCCAACCCCUCUCCUCAAGACUGACUGAGGAGGGGCUGCUACCACCUGAUAAGGCCAGUGGUGUUGCUUUACCACGGUAUGUGCCAAAGUGCUGCCCUCACGCUCAUCCUGGCUGGGAAAAUAACCCUGAUCUCCCCAUCACCACCUCUUGUGUGCCAGCCAAGGUGCCUUAAAGACAGCUCUGGAGAGACUCUAUGACAGGGCCUGCUUUGCCCCGUCACAGGCAGGUGUUCUGAUCCACUCCGUGCACCAUUAUGUCUAGGGGGCCUGGGCGGUGGGUGAUUCCGAAGUCUCCUGUAGACACAGACCUGGCUUGGUAUUUUUUUUAACUUGCUGCACACAGCACAAGUGGCUGAUCUCACCAAGACUCUGGAGAGAAGCAUAUGAAUGGCAGCCUGGAACCUGCCACAGGCUAAUGACUUCUGUUCUGUAUCUUUUGUGCCCCAUCUCUGCACUUUGGCCAGGGCUGACUCCAGCUUUGAGCAGCGAAACUGAGACUGAUUAAACUUGACGCUUGGGACCCUUUUCCUCUGACUUCCCCUGCCGGUAUUGUGACAACCCAGUGAAGUUCUGAGCCAACUCUUACGCUGGGAUUGUUUGCUGCUUAGUGGAGCCGCAGCCUGGCUAGUCAGGAACAAAUGACAUGUAUGUAGGUGGGGCGCUGAUUUUGAUGGUUUUUUUUAAAUUACCAAGGGGCGGUGGAGCUAUUCUCUCUAGCAAAUACAUAUUGCUGAGCCUUUUACAAAGGAAUCUAGUAUUUAUUCUUGACGUUAAGAAGGAAAGGACAUUAAAUGAAGUUGUUUACAAUG